AAAACAACCACGGAUCACUCCUCCACCUGUGAGAUGUCAGACCGGCGACGUCGAUAUUGUAAAUGCACCGCCAUUUUUAUAACUGUAGAUGGGCUGGAUACUCAUCUUAAAGAGUAUCACCCGAUACACGUUCUACCUUCAGGAGAUCGAGAAAUGCUUAAUCCACGAGGAAGUCGACCCUCUAGAUGGCGAUACAGACACAGAGGAAGAUGAUGCAGAUGAAAACGAGAAUCAGGCUCAGCUACCACAAUCACACAACUGCCCGCUCCUGACUUGCAAGCGCAAUACCGCGCCAUUUCCAACCCGCAGCAAACUUCGGCGACACUACCAAAGGCACUAUCGCUGUGUAGAAUACUGCAUCUGCUGUGGAGAGCAGCAGAAAACGGUGUUUUUGGCUUUGGAUCAUUCCAAGAAGCAUCGGCUUGAACUUUGCAAGAGAAAAGUGGAUUACAUGGAGUCGAUGCGUGUCGAUCUAGCCGCAGAAUCCAACAAAGAGCUAGAGAUGCUGCAGACUCUAUCAUUGAAAGAGAGCACAGGGAGCAAUAAGAGGUCGUGUGAAGUGGCUGAAUUAGAGUCAUGGCCUGACGCGGGUCAGAAAUCUAGAUUGAGACAGGACGACGAUCCGGCCAUACCUCAGUCUCAGGGACAAAUCGACGCACAAAUAUUUGUCCAGGAGUUCGAACAUAUGCUCGACUCCCACUCCUCAAUCCGUGACCGCCUCAACUAUGGAUUUUCAGGUUGACCAAGAGUUUUGCGUUCCGAAGGAUUAAUAUACUGAAAGUUCGCCCUAAACG